AUGUCGAACAAACUGGUCCUCCCUACCCUCGAUAACCUCAGAAGCUCGGUUGCUCCCGAUGUCAAUGUUCAAGCGGUGGCGAGUCAAUGGUUCUCAGCUUUCGCGGAAGCGAUGCAGUCAAAGAACAUAGCAGCGGUCAUAGAUCUCCUUGUUGAUGAUGUCUUCUGGCGCGAUAUGCUCGCCUUAACAUGGGACUUUCACACCUUCCAAAGUACCCCUUCCGUUAAGAAAUUCCUCGCAGACCAACUCCCACUGUUUACCUUGUCCUCUUUCAAACUCAGGAAAGAUCUGGUAGAGCUUCAGAGACCAUACCCUGAUAUCGCGUGGAUUCAAGCGUUUUUUGACUUUGAAACUACAGUCGGCAUUGCAUCUGGGGUGUUCCGGCUUGUGCCCCUCGCGGAUGGCUCAUGGAAGGCCCACACCGUCUUCACCAACUUGGAAAAUCUCAAAGGUUUCCCAGAACAGAAUGGGCCCAGACGAGACCACCAGCCAAACCAUGGAAAGUGGGCCGCGAAGCGUGCGCGUGAGGUCGAAUGUAUCGAUGAGGAGCCCAGCGUCGUAGUGAUAGGAGGCGGGCAGAGUGGGCUCGAUGUUGCAGCGCGGCUUAAGAUGCUUGGCAUGAAGACUCUAGUAGUGGAAAAGAACGAGAGAAUUGGUGAUAAUUGGAGGAAGCGCUAUGCAGCGCUGUGUCUCCAUGAUCCCGUCUGGUAUGACCACAUGCCAUACAUUCCGUUCCCUGCCUCGUGGCCUGUGUAUACGCCUGCAUUGAAACUCGCAGAUUGGCUGGAAUCGUAUGCACACAGUAUGGAGCUCGAUGUUUGGACUAGCGCUACGGUCAUGUCCGUCGUUCCGGGCACGAAGGGAAAGAAAUGGACUGUGACAGUCCAACGUGCCGACAAAAAGGAGCGUACCUUUGAGGUCAAUCAUGUCGUAUUCGCCUUGGGCUUCGGCAGUGGUAUGGGCCGAAUUCCAGAUAUCCCAGGGCAGGAUGAUUUCAAGGGGCAGAUAUUGCAUUCCAGCAAACACAAUCUCGCAACUGAUCACGCAGGGAAAAAGGUCGCCGUUGUCGGGGCUUGCACGUCUGCGCAUGACAUAUGUGCGGACUACGUUGAAAAUGGCGUUGAUGUGACCAUGGUUCAACGCAGCCCGAGUUACAUCAUGACCACAAAGGAGGGCAUGCCGAGGUUAAUGGCGAUCUUCUGGGAGGGUGGCCCUCCCACUGAUGUUGCGGAUCGCGUGAACGCAUCUUACCCGAAUUCAUUGCUCAAAUUAAUGCAUCAACGUGUCACCAAGGACAUCGCUGAGGCGGAUAAGGAGCUUCUUGACGGCCUGCGAAAACGAGGCUUCAAGACAACUUUGGGUGAUGAUGACUCUGGCUUUCUACUUAUGGCAUGGAAUAAGGGAGGAGGAUAUUAUCUUGACGUCGGAGCUUCACAGAUGAUCAUCGACGGGAAGAUCAAACUCAAGAGCGAUGGGCCAAUCUCGCGCUUCACGCAGACAGGUUUACUUUUCGAAGACGGUUCCACUCUCGAUGCGGACGUGGUCACAUUGCGGUUCACAAUAUCAGCUACGCCUGAUGCACGUCAUUCAUAUCGUGCUCUGCUUCCGGAGUCACUGGGUGACAAAUUGUAUCCUAUUUGGGGCCUUGACAAUGAAGGGGAGUUGAACAGUGUCUGGCGCGAAGUCGGUGGGCGCAGCAAAGACGGAGAACUCAAUGGCAUAUGGUGCAUGAUGGGGAACUUGGCGCUUUGUAGGUUCCACUCCAAGCAUCUCGCAUUGCAAAUCAAAUCGUACGAAGAGGGAAUUUUUGGGACAAGGUAUCAGUGA